CUACCAAAAGGUUGAUAUCUUUGUGGAUCGAUUGAGCUAUACGCCAAUCUCUAUACAUAAAAAAACACAAAUCAUUGCUAAAAUAUCUCACCACCCUCGCAACAGCUGAAACUUUCGAGCUCAUUGUAUUCAGUGGUCUUGAAUUUCUAUCCGGCCCAGAUGAAUUGCCUCCAGCAUCUUCCGAGAACCUCGGCUUUUCCUCUGCAGAGCUUGAGUGGCUACUCUGGGAAGCCAUCGUGCGUUGCUACUUCAUUGGCUAUGGUGAAAGGAACUGGUUUAUCACGAAGAUCCAUUGUCUUUGCGGAGGCAGCAUCUGGUUCUGUUCCAAGUACAGCAGAUGAGACGACGGAAAUCGAUGACAAAUCUGAAACAUACAGUCAUGACAUGACUGCAGCUAUGGGUGCUGUGUUAACCUAUCGGCACGAACUUGGAAUGAACUACAACUUCAUUCGUCCAGACCUGAUUGUUGGCUCAUGCCUGCAGACUCCGGCUGAUGUUGACAAGCUCCGUGCCAUUGGAGUGAAAACUAUAUUCUGCUUGCAGGAAAAUUCAGAUCUUGAGUACUUCGGGGUUGAUAUAACUGCCAUCCGCGAAUAUGCCAACAGCUUCGAUGACAUCCAACACGUGCGUGCUAAAAUUAGGGAUUUUGAUGCAUUUGAUCUGCGAUUUCGGCUUCCAGCAGUCGUAAGUAAAUUGCACAAGGCUGUCACUCGGAAUGGAGGCGUGGCCUAUAUACACUGUACCGCUGGGCUCGGAAGAGCACCUGCAACUGCUGUGGCUUACAUGUAUUGGAUUCAGGGCUACACACUCAAAGGAGCACACGAAUUACUUUUGAGCAAGCGAUCGUGCUUCCCGAAGUUAGAAGCUAUAAAAAGUGCAACUGCUGAUAUCCUGACAGGCACCACAAGGAAACCUGUAAAGUUGAAGUGGCAUGGUACUGGUUGUUCGACAGUGGAAAUCUCUGGGCUCGACAUCGGCUGGGGUCAGAGAAUGCCGUUGUCGUAUAGUGAAGAAGAAGGUCUAUGGAUCCUACACAGAGACCUACCUGAAGGACGCUAUGAAUACAAGUACAUUGUCGAUGGCGAAUGGAUGUGCAAUGAGCACGAACUCAUCACUAGCCCCAACCAAGACGGUCAUGUCAACAACUACAUCGAGGUGUUCGAUGAUACCCCUGAUAGCAACGCGCAUGCGAUUCGGAGUAGAUUAACCAGCGACGAGCCUGACCUUUCUAGCGACGAGCGAGCUAAAAUUAGACAGUUUCUUGAAAGCUUUGCAGAUGAGGACUGAUUAUUUCUGCUUGAGCCUCUUUCUUAUAGUAAUAAUACAUAAAUAUAGUGUAAAGCUUUGAAGGGAUGUUUUCUUCACAAUGACUAUUUUUAGAUCAAUAUAAAUGACUAUGUAGAUCUAACAUAUUGUGACAUAAUUUCCUUUUUUUGGUGUUUAAUUAUAUGAAUUUCAUUCAA